AUGACCCUGAUUGCAGCUUAUCUGGAACAUGGAGUCCUACCCAACAGUCACAAUGAAUCUAGGAAAUUAAUGAGGAAAGCUGCUCAGUACCUUAUCAUUGAUGGGGUUAUGUACAGAAGGGGUUUCUCCAUGCCAUUACUCAGAUUUGGUCUACCUCAGAAGAUAGUGUCCGACAACGGCACCCAGUUUGACAGCCAACUGUUCACUGAUUUCUGUACCGAGCACAGCAUCACAAAAAGUUUCUCAGCAGUCUUGCACCCUCAAGCAGAUAGGCAGGUAGAAUCAGUUAACAAAAUUCUCAAAUACAUUCUGAAGAAGUGUCUAGAACUGGCUAAACGAAACUGGCCUGAGAGAUUGCCUAAGGUACUCUGGUCAUACAGGACUACCGAGCGAACAACUAUUGGUGAUACCCCCUUUGCACUCACGUAUGGGUAUGAUGCAAUGCUGCCAAUCGAGAUGACUUCACCAUCUCAUCGACAUAUAGUAUACAAUCAAGUUCGUAACCAUCAAUUGAUGGCCAAUUCCUUAGACCAGAUUGAAGAAAGACGCGAAAAGUCCAACAUAUGCCUAGCUUCCCACUAG